CCGCUCAGCUUCGGCUCUUCUUCCUCCUCUCGCCCUUUGCGAAGAGGGUUUCGGCAAGGGCGCCGUUAUCAAUCUCCCUCUUAUUCCCCCUACCCUUGCGGCGCCGACCGGGUUGGAGUCGGCACCGUCGCUGGGAGAGAAUAUAUUUUAAGAGAAGGGAUUCAGCGAGGUAUGCAGUCGGAUCCGACGGUCAUCAGCUUGAGGCCUGGAGGCGGAGGAAACCGAGGCAGCAGAAUCAUAGCCCCCCGGUUUGAAUCUUCGAUUUCUGGAGGCGCGUCGCUCGGUUCCUCCGAUCUGCCUGUCCUCCGACCCCAUGGCGGCGUCGGCGCGGCACUCGCGGUCAAGAUUGGAGACCCCAGAUUUGAGAGUCGUGAAUGUAUCCGCUACACAAGGCAACAACUUCUGGAAGUUCGUAAGGUUGCUCAGACUUCCGAAGACAUUCUGAAAAUCAAACAGGAUAUUGAGGCCGAAUUGCUUCCUGAAGAUCAAAGUUGGAGCCAUAACAAUGCCAAUUUGUCAAGCCAAACACAGAAUCGUUAUUUUGAACCAGAUACUCGUGAUUGGCGUGGCCGAUCAGCACAAUCUUCUGCAUCUGGAGAAAUCUGGGAUAAUAAAGAGUCAAAUAUCUCAAGUUCUGGUUAUCAAGAUGCAAGACAAUCAAAUAAGCAGGGCUCACAGAUAGGUUCAAGCAUUCAAGGCUCUCAGGGUGGACCUACUCCUGCCCUAAUAAAGGCUGAAGUGCCCUGGUCUGCUCGAAGAGGAAAUAUCUCUGAUAAAGAGCGAGUGAUCAAAACAGUUAAAGGUAUAUUGAAUAAGCUGACACCAGAAAAAUUUGAUCUGCUAAAGGGGCAGUUAAUUGAUGCUGGAAUCACGACUGCUGAUAUUCUAAAGGAUGUCAUAACUCUCAUAUUCGAGAAAGCUGUUUUUGAGCCAACAUUUUGCCACAUGUAUGCUCUACUGUGUUCUAAUCUCAAUGAAAGCCUUCCUCCAUUUCCUCCUGAAGAAGAGGGAGGGAAAGAGAUCACUUUCAAGCGAAUACUCUUGAAUAACUGUCAGGAGGCAUUUGAAGGUGCUGAUAACCUGAGAGCUGAAGUGCAAAAGCUGACUGGCCCUGACCAAGAAAUGGAGCGCAGGGACAAAGAGAGAAUGGUGAAGCUCCGAACUCUUGGUAACAUUCGCCUCAUUGGUGAGCUUUUGAAGCAGAAGAUGGUGCCAGAGAAAAUAGUUCAUCAUAUUGCUCAGGAGCUGUUGGGACAUGAUGGAAAAACAUGUCCUGCUGAUGAAAACGUUGAGGCAAUCUGCCAGUUAUUCAACACAAUAGGGAAACAGUUGGAUGAGAGUACCAAGUCACGUCGUUUUAAUGAUGCCUAUUUCAACCAUUUAAAGGAGUUAACUAGAAAUCCCCAACUUGCCCAACGCCUGAGGUUUAUGGUUCGUGAUGUGCUUGACCUACGUUCAAACAACUGGGUUCCUCGACGUGAAGAGGUCAAGGCAAAGACUAUUAGUGAAAUUCAUAUUGAGGCAGAAAAGAAUCUUGGUCUACGCCCUGGUGCAAUUGCUAGUAUGAGAAACAAUCGUGAUGCUGGUUCUUUAGGGCCUUUGGGUCCUGGAUUUCCUAUAAGCAGACCUGGAACUGGUGGUAUGAUGCCUGGGAUGCCUGGGACUAGAAAAAUGCCUGGAAUGCCUGGGUUAGAUGGGGACAUGUGGGAAGUUCCGCGGAGCAAAUCCAUGUCAAGAGGCGAUGCUAAUCGAGUCAAUAAUACUUCAGUGGCCAAGUCUGCAUCUAUCAAUUCUAGGCUUUUACCUCAAGGUAGUGGUAGCUCAAUUGUUGGCAAGACCAGUGCAUUGUUUCAGGGCAGUGGACCACCAGCUCGUUCUUCAACUUUAACACCAGCAGGUGCAGUAGAUUCUGUGCCUCAAAAGUUGAGGUCUGUCAGCCAAGUGCCACCGCCUGUGAUCCCCUCUAAGUCAGUGGUUGCACCUAAAUUCAAUCCUGAUGUGCUACAGAAGAAGACGGUUGCUCUGCUGGAUGAGUAUUUCCACGUCCGUAUUUUGGACGAAGCACUCCAAUGCGUAGAGGAGUUAAAGAGCCAAGAAUACCACCCCGAGGUGGUUAAGGAGGCUAUUAAUCUUGCUUUGGACAAAGGCCUCUCUUCUCUAGAACCUCUUGUGAAGCUUUUGGAAUAUUUAUUGGCUAAACAGGUUUUUACUCCAAGAGAUCUAGGGACAGGUUGUUUACUUUAUGGGGCGAUGCUGGAUGACAUUGCUAUUGACUUGCCAAAAGCACCUACAUAUUUCGGCGAGGUUGUUGGUAAACUCAUUCUAAUCCGCGGUGUUGAUUUUAAGGUUUUGGAGAAAGUUAUGGAAAAGGUUGAAGAUGCUGAUAUCCGAGCAACAAUUUUGGCCGCUGUGAUGAAGACAAUUAAAUUAAGUCCUAAUGGUCAGGCUGUAUUGGAUGCGGAAGCCGAAGCAAUAAGAGCUUGUGAGCAGCUGUUGCAAUGAUUUUAAUGGUCUGGUAAAAUUAUUUAUUCUAUGUUUUGUACCUCUAAUAGAGCAGUUGUUCGUACCUUUCCUUCGUUCCAUCCUUUUCGUAUGUCCUAUGGAUUUUGUAUUCGAUGAGUUACGCAUAGCACAAUCAUUUUGAAGUGAUUUUGUAUGCAGCAAUUAGUUAAUGCAUGCUGUUGAAAUAUUAUAUGA